AUGCUAAAAUACGCGACGGGUCCUCUGGGUGGAUCUCUAAGUUCAUUGCCUCCGGUAAUUACAAGGAAGACCUCUUUUCUGUAAGUCUCUAAUCAAACAGAAGCUCCGAGCUUUUAUUUUUUACGUCUCCUGAUAACAAAAAUGAUAUACGAUUCAUAAAAUCAAACGAUCAUCAAUAGAAAUAAACCGCUUUAGGAAUUCAGAAUGUGGAUUUAGUAAAGGGACAGUGAUCUUCAAACAUCUCUCUCUUCCUUUGGUGUGGCCAUCCUCGGAAUAUUAUGAUACUCGAAGGGGUAAGUAGUGUCCUCUGAGAACAAUAAAUAGUAUUCCAGAACCUAGGACAUUCACUGUUCAAUUACUUUUCAAGACUUCCGAUGGACGAGAAUUAUAUUCGAAACCAUUGGAAGAAGUGGAACGAUCUCAAAUCGACAUUUUCUUUGAACAAAUAUUUUACAUGUACAGGGUGCGGCAAAAAAAUGGAAACUUUUUUUCAUUGGGUCCUUACGCGAAAAUUUUUAAGUGCAGCAAAAUUAUUUUCAUACCGUUAAAUUCUGCGUAGUUUUCUCUCCUAGACCUUUUAAUAUCAUGUCCAUAUCGGUUUAUUAACAUUCUUUUUUUGAAUGUCAAAUAAAGGGAUCUCGAUUUUGGACCUGUUUUUUAAGCUGUUCUAAGUGCUAAUUUGCCCGGUAUAGAAACGACUUUGUGUCCAAAGUAAUCGCGCAAUGCAAGGAGCUUGUUAGCAAUUUUAAGCAUCCGUUAAGUGAAAGAAAACGCACCGCCAACACUUUUGCCAGCCACGAGGUCAUCAACAGCGAAAUCCGUCGAUUUCCAGAAAAAAUUGCCCGUGAGACCGGCAUCAGCAACCGACCAGUCGGCCAAAUAGCUAAAAAUCAACUAAUGGUGUCCCCAUACAAGGUCUAAAAUGCCUAACUCCUCAUCGGCAAGAUCAAGCCCGUACGCCUGAAAAAAUGCCGAAAAUUCAGACGUCGGGCCGCAGGUCCGCGAUGGGAGCGUAUUCCCUUCGCGGUGCAAAGUUUGGCGGGUGCAUAACCAACAUAGCGCCAGAAUCCGAUCCGGUGAGGCCCUCUGCACGUGGGCUAACGAUGAACACCGUCAAAAUCCGGGCCGUCAUCGCCUAAGGCGGAAUUUGUGCCAGCGGCAAGAAUUCCGAGAUUUUCGUGGAUCAAGAGGGCAAAAUUCUAGUGCCGGGUUAACCUCGAUUUCCUCAUGCUUCUGUUGACUCAGUAGAACCUUGGCAGCUCAAAUUUGGCAUUCCAACUAGACUCAGCGCCGCCUCAUAGGGAAAAAGCGAGUCAAGAGCAGUUAUGGGGCCGAUUUUCCCGAUUUCACCCCGUCUGCGAAAAGUGAGCCUGCUCGCCGGGUAUGGAUCCAAUAUGCUAUAUUUUUUUUUUAUUUGGAGGCCAGUAUUUUUACUACACGCCACAAAAGUUUGGAGUCGCAAAGUAAAUGUUGCGCCAAGAACGGGACCGAUUUCCCCGGAAAAACCUGCGGCCAAAAGCCUAAAAUUUUAAGUCACGUUUGGAGCUCCAUAUCGCCACCAAAAGCAUCUACGGUGAAACGGGUUGAAUAUGUUAUAAAUAAUGCUCUAUGUUAUUGAUGAUGACCGUUACUUUUGCGGCAUUUUGAUUGCUAGGAAAAAUAUAGCUAUAAAAAUAAGUUUCCAUUUUUUUGCCGCACCCUGUAAGUGUCUCAAUGACAAAAAACUGCUUCAGAGAAAAUCAGACGCCGGAUUUCGAGAUCGAGAUCAUAGUUUUGUGCCGUCGAAGUGAUCGCUACGCCGAAACCAUCUUCCACACGAUGUCUAGGUCCAUCAGCAGAAGUCUUGGCCAUUCUUUUGUAUGUUUUAUUCGAAUUGCACAAAAUAACUCAUCCCGGUUAUUAAGAAGAAGUACAUGCUCUCCAACAGCUCCAAUACAUUGGCCCAUGCAGAUCGCGAAAAGAUCUUAAAUUAUCGCAAUCCGGAGAGCAUGAUUACGGUAGCCAGUGCCAGUUUCAAGUUGCGUAACUGUUCUUUGUCCGGGCAGACACACAACUACACCCUGCACUUGCAUCAACAACCCCCUCAUAUCCCCCAAUCGCAUGUUCUUCCCUUAUUUGGCCGCAUUGUGUGUCAAUGCCUAGUGCAGCCACUCUCUUUGGCCCAGCCGUUGGGACAAGGGACGCUGAAUGUCUUCUACGAAGACGGUGGAAUCAUUCUUCAGCAGCUAUUUUGUGUUCUUCAGGGGACUUUCUUAAAGUGUUUUAACUGCGAGCCAAGUAAAAUCAAGCCAACUACCAAACCGGACAUGAUAUUGCCUAUAGACAAGGUUCGCAAACGAAAAUAUUACAGGACUUAUAAACAAUUCAGAACACAUUAAUUGAGCCCACGGCUUUCCCAACCUCAGUUCGUCUUAAAUUAUUGGACCCCUAUUCUCAGAAGUAUCAGAACUUUAUUUGCAUCGCAUCAACUCGGAACUCCCACUUGGGAUGGAAAAACGCUUUUAAACUUCAAAUUAAGGACUCCGGUAUGCUUUUAACAGGUAAAUAAUAUUCUUUAGAAGUGUGGGAGAGCUUCGCCAAUUCGAAAACAAACAUCCCCGGAUCCCUGCUGCCAGUGCUCCUCCCGAAAACUGUAACUUUCGGAAAUACCGUGGUUAGUACGAGCGCUGAUACUGCACCUCCGCGGUACGGAUUCGAAUUGCAAUCAAUUCGAAAAAGACCACAACUACAAACAAACACUUACAAAAAUGAAGACAGGAUAGAGAUCGACAAAAACAGGCCUCAAACGCCACGCCCCUUCACCAACUCACCUGAACGGAAGCGGACCGAUGCCCUAAAACCCCCCAUCCCUCCGCCAAUCCCUAAACCAAGACCAAAUGUCGCUAAGCAUCUCCAGAAUGGAACAGAUCCGGCUCCUUACGUACUCACACUCAAGAUUGGUGAAGGUGAGUUCGUCUUACUCUCGUUUUACAAUAUUCAGAAGCUCAAGCACGUCGACUUCGGACGCAAACUCUCCCGCCCUUUACUGCAAAUUCUACAGUAAACCACGAAAGCACCCGCCUUUGA